AAAAAAAAAAACUUUUUUUUUCUUGUACUUUUUUUUUUUGUCUAUUUUGUUUGACCACACACAAUCAUUUUUGUUCUCAUCAUGGCUUCCCGCUUGGUUCUUUUCUUAUUAACAAGUUUCCACCUACUUGGACUGACUAUUUUUUUGAAAGGCUUUCUUUUGACACGACAAACACUUGGUCAACGGGGAACUUUUUACGAUACUUGGGAUAGAUUUCCUCUGAUCAAUGAUAACAACAACAAUAGUGAUAUACAAAUGAAAGAUUUACCAGCUACAGUUGAUUCUCCUCCUGCAUUCAAACGCGUCAUUGUGGUGGUUAUUGAUGCUCUUCGAUUUGAUUUUAUGGUCCAAGAUGAAUCACAACAAAACAGACUCUACCGAAAUCAUCUUCCCAUCAUCGAUUGGCUUUAUACGACACAACCUGAUCACACAUUAUUAUUUCAAUUUCGGGCUGAUCCUCCUACAACAACAAUGCAACGUAUCAAAGGACUUAUGACUGGCUCUCUACCAACAUUUAUCGAUGCUGGUUCCAAUUUUGCCUCCUCUGCUGUGCAAGAAGAUCAUCUACUACACCAUAUAGUAGCACAAUACCCGGCUUUGUAUUUCAUGGGUGACGAUACUUGGCAACAUUUAUUCCCAAAAGAUUUGGCACCUGAACGUACAUUUGCUAGUGACAGCUUCAAAAUGUUUGAUCUUCAUACCGUUGACAAUCGAAUUCAAGAACACCUUUGGCCCUUAUUAGACAAUCCAGAGUCAGACUGGCAAGUUAUCAUUACUCACUUUUUAGGUGUGGAUCAUUGUGGGCAUACUUUUGGACCUGAUCAUAUCAACAUGGCUACAAAACUAGAAGAAAUGAAUACUGUAUUGGAAAGACUGGUGAAGAAUCAUGUGAAUCAAGAUACUUUACUGGUGGUGAUGGGAGAUCAUGGCAUGUCAACUGAAGGUGAUCAUGGUGGUGAAAGUGUGGAAGAACUGAUGAGUGGUUUACUCCUUUAUUCUGGACGGAAAUUGACAAUGGCUAUUUCGAACGACAACAGCAACCAUACUAGUGGCAGAUCGGAUUCUUUCUCGUCAACAAUGGAUUAUUUUCAUGAUUUUGUCAAACGAAUGUAUGACACUAGAGCCUCUAUUCUUGGAUAUGACAAUCAUAAAAUCACUCAGCGAUUACACUACAAUGCAUCAGCGUUUCCUAUCGUUCCUCAAAUCCAUCUAGUACCUACUUUGGCGUAUUUACUUCAUAUUCCUAUUCCAUUUGGCAACUUGGGCUCUCUUGUACCUGAUGUACUUCUCUCGUGUCUCGACAGCAAUGAUGAUGGCGUUACAGGAGUAACAGAUGAUGACAUUGACCAACGACUGAAAUGUAUAUUACAUAUGGCUCAACAAUUCCGAUUGAAUGCAUUACAAGUAUACGACUAUUUAACGACUUAUGGAUUGGAAACACAUCACAUUGGAUUCACCAAAACAGCGAUGAUGCCUUUGAUUGAACAUUUGGAGACAGCAGAAGCAACUAUGAUACAAGCUUUGAAUCUAUUAUCGAACACUGAUAACAAUCAAAUGGAUACCAUUGAAUUAUUAGCAUCAGCAACCAUGACUUACGAUCUCUUUUUAUCAAGCACUAUCAAAUACUGUGAAGCGAUAUGGGCUCAAUUUGACGUUGGAUGUAUGCUGUUAGGAAUGAUGAUGCUCAGUGCUACAACUGUGACAGGAUUGUUUUUAUGGAUACGAUAUACUGAUUGGUCAGGAAUGCAACUAUGGCAAUUGGGAACCGCGGCUUUGGAACUGAUAUCAUCUUAUUGGAUUUAUAUUGUAUCAGCGAUACUGAUAAUGAUGUCUGGAAGUGGUGUUCUUUUCCAUUUUUUUAUUGGUAGUGAAUUUCAAUCCACUUUUUCUAUCCACUGGCACGGUAUGUUCGAUAAAAUGGGAUGGAUGGAUGGAUACUCUUGUAUGACUGGCUUGGUGAUCAUGCUCCUUCUUAUCACUAUCAUCCAACAACGACGGCAGAAAAUUCAAUCAUCAUCAUCAACAACAACAACAAAUACGGCAAUGACCAGGACAUAUCGUGAUGGAUGUAUUUUAUUAUUUGCUGCGUUAGGACAAGCGUUGACUUUGGGAUCCAAUAGUUUUGUUAUUUGGGAAGAUCGUGGAUCAAGGUUUGCUAGUGUUACUCUGUGUGUCUGGUGGCUCCUGCGAAAUAUUCAAAACAUGGGACUGGAGAAGAACAACAAGAAAAGUGAUUGGGUAUCGAUGGUGUCAAGUCCUUUCUUGGUGAUGUUGUGGACACGACUUUCUGGUACAUUAGGCCAAUGCCGAGAAGAACAAUAUCCUCAUUGCAAGUAUGUUGACAUUGGGGACUUGAAACAAUUGGAUACUGGCUUUUGGAUGACUUUACUUAUUUGUACAGGUGGUUUAUUACUCGUUAUUCGUUGGAUGGCAAGUGUCACGACUGAGUUGUCUCCUUGGAUCCUUUUGGCAUACGCAUCGUGUGUUACGGCAGUAUUUAUCCGGAUGAUAGACGACGUAUAUCGAAACAUCAGUGACAAAGGAUUAUUGGACUCUAUGGCAUUUUUAUUUGAAGAUGGAUCGACAGUAAUAUGGCUACAGAAAUCAAUGGACUUGUAUCUACCACGAUAUAUUUACACGACAUGUCUUUUGGUUAGCAUUUACAUGUGGGCGACAAAGAAGAAUGAUUCUAUAAAGAUGAAGCAACAGUAUUGGCUCUCUUAUCUAUGUAUUUGGUCAACGGUACUGGCUCUAUUACAACGACCAGCAGCAGGAUGGGUGAUUUUACUAUGUCCUUUUAUUAUAUAUCGAUUAUCUACAACGGAUGAUCAUAGCAUCAUGAUCAGAUUAGCAUUGAUUCAUCUAGUGGGACAUCAUUUAUUUUUUGUUACUGGCCAUCAAGCAACCUUUACCUCACUACCAUGGCAUGCGGCAUUCAUUGGUUUUGACGACAUGUAUUAUUAUAUUGGCGCUAUGCUGGUGACACUUUCCACGUUGACUGGGUAUGUGGUAUCAUGGAUAGGCACGUCGUUCAUAUUAUCACAAUAUCAACAUCAUGAUGAUGAUAAUACUCUCUUUAUGGCACUCUUACAUUAUAUUCCUACUUGUCUCUCUUCGUUCUUUGUCUAUAUUCUUCGGCGGCACCUGAUGACUUGGAAAAUCUUUGCUCCACGGUUUUUACUGCAGACACUUUUGGUGACUGGUACCUUUAUUGCACAAUUGGUACUUGGAUAUUGAAUUAUUAUUUUUAUUAUUUUUAUUAUUUUAGUAUGUAAUGAAUUUAGAUUUUUGUUUUUAUGAAUAAAUAUUAUUUUGAU